CUGGUCAUUCAGUCAUUCGAGUACAUUGCGCUACGGCAUGACAUCUCAUCCUAUCGACCUUGGCCAGAAUUUACAGGCGAUGUUCGACUGUUAGGAACAAUGCUGUCAACCCUCUACGCGUUUGAGCUGUUAUAUCGUCCGACCAUGAAACCACAUGCGAUCGCUUACUUGAUUCGAAGGCUGGAGGAAGAUCGACUGCCUAUCUACAAAGAGGUCGGGCUGCUCUGGCUGUUCCAGGGAACGACUGAACAGAUCACGUUGAUAGGCGCGAUCGGACUGAGGACCGGGUGGAACCCUCAAACCGUCUCCAAGAUCCUGCACUUUGCCGCUUUCCAGACAGGUCUCAUCAACUGGACAGAGAGAGGCAACUUGAUGUGGGUGUUUGCAUUAGGAUUGAUCUGGACGCAGUUCCGCUCAAGUCCCAUUUCCUUGGCUCGCCGUCUGAAAAGGCAGUCUGUCAAUUCGUCAUCGUCACCGUCAACCUCAAGCGCUAUCGCCGCCCCGAUACUAGCCACCCUACAAGUCGCGUUGGAAGAGGUGGAGAAGUCCAUUGAUGCCAAGAUGGACGUGGUGGGCACGACAGGCGGAAACGAUACCGAGGUGGUACUAUAG